AUGACUGAUAACCGGCUGCUGCUUGAGGAAGAGUUGCAAGUCUUACAGUCAAUCUAUCCAGAUUAUAUCCUAGAGGUUACUGUUGAUACGGUCAGAUUGGAAGUCCCAAUUGAGUUUGGUACCCCUCGACGUGUCUUGGUCGUCACACAAAGUGAAUCUGCACUGAAUGCUGACGCACCCGCUGGGUCGUCGAAGAGCAUUCCUUCGCUCAAUUUGUCAUACCUGCCACCUAUACUCCUUACAGUCAAGUUUACAAAUGGAUAUCCAUCUGAGCUCCCUCCCAUUAUAACUUCUGUACACGCGACCCAUUCAUGGCUUCCCAGUGAGGCACUGCUAGCUAGUACUCUUCGUGAGACAUGGUCUGAAGGAGAAGGAGUGCUGUGUAAUUGGGUUGAGAUGCUGCGUAGUGGAGAUUUUCUGAACUUAUUACAACCUAUUGCUAGAGACGAUGCCAUACGGCUCCCACAUAAAGCAUCGCAACCUCCACUAACUCAAAUCCUUGAAGCGUACAACCUAAACGCGGCUAACAAGGAGUUCUCACAAACCUCUCACCCUUGUUCGAUAUGCUUUUCUUCCCUGAAAGGAGUGCGGUGCAUACAGCUCGAAUGCAAGCAUGUUUUCUGCCGGGACUGCCUUCAAGAGUUCUGGAGCUUCUGCAUAGCCGAAGGUUCUGUAGAACGAGUAGGCUGCGCAGACCCUGCUUGUGUUAAGAAAGCAAGUAUGGCUUCCGAAGAAGAAGUGCGGCGCGUCGUGAGCGAAAAAGAGGUUAUAAGAUGGAAAUGGCUACGAACGAAGAAAGAGAUUGAGAAAGAUCCCAGUAUUAUACAUUGCCCAAUACCGUUGUGCCAGGCUGCUGUGCCAAAGCCACCGACAGAUCCCAAUGCAUCUUCUGGUUGGGAUCGGUUCCGGAGAUGCUCGGCUUGUGGUUUCAGCUUCUGCUCGUUUUGCAAGAAUACUUGGCAUGGGCCAUUAUCUGAAUGUCCGAAGUCUGUAACGCAUGCUCUAAUCAUGGAAUACCUGGGUCUGCCGGAAGGUUCACCAGGACGCGCGGCUCUGGAGCGGAAGUUUGGAAAAGGUGUCGUACUCAGGCUUGUGAAAGCGUACGAAGACGAAAAGUCAACGAACGAAUGGCUGCAAGGCUCGACGACUUCCUGUCCGGGCUGUAAUAUCGCAGUUGAAAAGUCUACUGGCUGCAAUCAUAUGAUGUGUGUGAAAUGUAAUCAACACUUCUGCUACCGUUGCGGAGCAAGGCUGCAAGCAAGCAAUCCAUACGCUCAUUUCUCUAUACAGGGCUCGGAGUGCUACGGGAAGUUGUUUGAUAUUAACCGGAGCGCCGAGGCGGACGGAUGGCAGGCCAUUGCAAUGGAAGGGUUCGAGGCUCUGUAGUGCCUGAAAAUUCAUUAGCACAUAAUAUGUACACUGGAAUGACUGUAAUUGGUGGAAUGUACACUAGCGUAUAAU